AUGGAGUUCAACAUCAAGUCACAACACAAUCGAAUAGGGCGAAAUCAACAACGACGAUUAGAAAGAGCACAAACGCGCCGGUUCGUAACUAACAUCCGCAGAACAUAUGACCAACAACGACAGCAAGAGCAUCGAGCUUUUUCAUAUUCUUCCUUCCAUCGAAUUGCAUUUCAAUACGAGCCUGACAUUGCAUAUUAUAAUCAUUCAAAAGUUUUAAUAGGCUCCAUGGAUCAGGAAUGUCGCUUCUGCCAUGCACUUAAAUUCAAACAUGAGCCAGCUGGAAUGUGUUGCGCUUCUGGAAAAGUUUAUUUGCCAUCACUUGAGACACCACCGGAACCGUUGAAAGGUUUACUUACAGGUACAGAUUCUGAUUCUGCCAUGUUUCUGAAAUCCAUCCGAAAAUUCUAUUCGUGUUUCCAAAUGACCUCUUUUGGAGCGACCGAAAUAGUUUCCAACGCUUCUUCAAAUGGUCAAAUAUUCAAUUCUACGUUUAAAAUUAAAGGCCAAGUUUACCACAAAGUAGGGUCGUUAUUACCAAUGCCAAUUACUACCCCUAAUUUUUUACAAAUUUAUUUCAUGGGUGGUGACGAUAACAAUCGUGUAAAUACGCGUUGUAGUUUCACUAACCUCAGUUCGAUCAGUGCCAGACGCAUUGUCUAUGAAUUGGGCGCCCUUUUGAAUGAGCAUAAUGUUUUAUUGAAUUCUUUUAAAUCACAUAUGCACGAAUUAACAAGUGAUAAUUAUGCUAUUGUCAUUAAUCCGGAUAAAACCCCAUCCGGAGAACAUGAACGUAGAUUCAUUGCACCUGUCAUGAAUGACGUUGCUGGAAUCGUUAUCGGCGACCGCACGUCUACGCGAGAAAUCGUUAUCCGAAGAAGGAACAACAAUCUGGAGUUCAUUUCGGAUACACAUCGCUCCUAUGAUGCUCUCCAAUAUCCACUCAUCUUCUGGAAAGGGCAAGACGGAUACUGUAUUAAUAUUAAACAACGGGAUCCAAUUACAGGAAACGAAACAAAAAGUUAG